AUGCCGGAGGAUUAUAUCGGCCCUGACCGUCUCCUUUCCCUGCAGGUCCUCAGCAACGCCCGCCUCUUCCUGGAGAACCUCAUCAAGUACGGCAUCCUGGUGGACCCCAUCCAGGUCAUCUCCCUGUUUCUGAAGGACCCCUAUAGCUGGCCAGCUCCAUGCCUUAUUAUUGGGGCCAACGGCUUCGCCCUGGUGACCCUCCACGUAGAGAAGAAGCUUGCAACGGGCUCCUUAUCGGAGCAAAGCGGGACGGUCCUGCACACUUUCAACCUCCUGAUGGUGUUAUGCUUCCCUGCCCUGGUGGUGCUGGCUGUCACCUCCGUCACUCCAGCUGGGGCCAUCUUUGCCCUCUCGGUCCACACCGUCCUCUUCCUCAAGCUCUUCUCCUUCAGGGACGUCAACAAGUGGUGUCGCGAGAAGAAGUCUGCAAAAGCCACCCGAGGACCCCCAGCUUCGAGGCCACAGAAGGCCAACGGGAGUGCGGUUCCACAAAAGGUGACCUAUCCAGACAACCUGAGUUACAAAGACCUGUACUACUUCCUGCUGGCCCCGACUCUGUGCUACGAGCUGAACUUCCCUCGUUCCCCUCGGAUCCGGAAGCGCUUCCUCCUCCGGAGGCUCUUCGAGAUGCUCUUCUUUCUGCAGCUGCUGGUGGGGCUGAUUCAGCAGUGGAUGGUGCCCACAAUCCAGAACUCCAUGAAGCCUUUCCGGGACAUGGACUACUCCAGGAUCAUCGAGCGUCUCCUGAAGUUGGCUGUUCCCAAUCACUUGAUCUGGCUCAUCUUCUUCUACUGGUUCUUCCACUCCAGCCUGAAUUUUAUAGCUGAGAUCUUGCAGUUCGGCGACCGAGAGUUUUACCGGGAUUGGUGGAACUCGGAGUCCGUGACAUAUUUCUGGCAGAAUUGGAACAUCCCGGUCCACAAGUGGUGCCUCAGGCAUUUCUACAAGCCCAUGAUGAGGAAGGGAGCUAGCAAGUGCACGGCUCAGGUGGCCGUCUUCCUCGCGUCUGCUUUCUUCCACGAGUACCUGGUGAGCGUCCCCUUGAAGAUGUUCCGGCUGUGGGCGUUCAUGGGCAUGGCGGCUCAGAUCCCCCUGGCCUGGUUCGUGGGCCGCUUCCUCCGGGGCAACUACGGGAACGCGGCGGUGUGGAUGUCUCUGAUCAUCGGCCAGCCCAUCGCCGUCCUCAUGUACGUCCACGACUAUUACGUGCUGAAUUACGAGGGAAGCCAGUGACCGACUCUUCCUUUCUCUUUCCGCUGGCCCGAGGCUCACCUUUUCCCACCUGAGGAUCGGGGUGUGUUUGUGGGGGGGCUGGUUGUGGGCAGCCUCCCCUUUCCAAUCUUUCCUCCUGCCUCCCGGGAGGCCCAGAUCCAUUGAGGGCCACCAGCCCGGGCAACGAUGGCCGAUUCUCCUCUGGAAAGGGAGGGGGCGAGCGGCCUCGUGUGUGUUAUCUUGUGUGUGUGUGUGUUGUGUGUGUGUGAGCGAGAUGGCUGCCCAUCCGGUAUCCUUUGUGUCCGAAUAUACUGGAUUCAACGCAAUAACCCUCCGGGUGCCCCAGUCUUUAGCUGGUCCUCUGGCAGGAUUCGAUCCUCCCUUGAGCCGUUGCCUUCCACCCGUGCAAUAGACGCGGAGACUGAUGCCAACCGUGCCUGGCAGGGCAGAGGGGAAGGCAGGCCACUUGGACCGGAGGGGGGUGGGGGUGGGGGCAAAAGGGGCUGCCUCCCCGGCACUUUAGAAGGACUCAGGUUUAUUUGGGGGCCUCCCCAGUUCCAUCGGCGGAGGAGAGCAGCGUCCCCCGUCCUUCCCUCCUGCGCCCCCCUUGCGGUCUGCCGUCGUUCACGGGCCUGCCCUUUCCCUAGAACCGGGGAGUAAGGCUGCCCUUUGCUCCUCCCACUGGCCCGCACUCCCGGUCCUCCGUCCAGACACAAGUGGGGUUGAGCUCUGCGCAGCCACCGGUCCCUUUGGGGCAGCGGUCCCUGGGACUCUCUCCUUCCGUGAGGCUGGCAGGAGCCACGUCCGGUUCCCAGGGUGGGCGGGGGUGACCCCGUGGCCCAACCGUCUUUUUUUUGUCGACCCAGCGAAGAGUUUUUAGAGUUUGCAGAAUGUAUCUGCCCGGUACCAAGUGAUUAAAGCAUAUUUUCAAAAGGU